AUGGGGAGUUCCUCAUGCUGUUCCAAGGCAAAGGCAGCAGGGCUUCAAAGAGGAGGAUGGUCCUCUGAAGAAGACGCAUUGCUCACAAACUACAUCCACUUGAAUGGAGAAUGCAGGCUGAGAUGGAUGAAUUACUUGCGGCCCGGGAUCAAGCGAGGCAACAUCGGAACUGACGAGGAAGACCUCAUCAUUCGGCUCCACAGGCUGCUGGGCAACAGGUGGUCAUUGAUAGCGAAGAGGCUCCCUGGUCGGACCGUCAACGAGAUCAAGAAUUAUUGGAACAGUCACCUGAGCAAGAAGCUCUCGUAUCGGCAGCCAGAAGGCCAAGAAGGCAGAGGACACGCUCGAGGUCUUCUCUCCGACAGCAGGCAGACGUUAGUGAAAGCGGUGACUUGCGCGAGGGAGGAGAUGCCAUGGAAUACGAGCAUUACGAUCGAGAGGCUCUUCAACGAGUACUCGCAGCUGUUGGCCAAUUCAGGAACAAAGACAACCUUUUAUGAACAAGUUCACUUGCAUUCAUGA